AUGGAAGCAGACGUCCUUCAGGGCUGGAUUUGCAAGAAAAGCGACUACAAGAAGGACUGGCGGCGCCGCUACUUCCUUGUCCGCGGCGGCAGCGAACCGCGCAUAUCUUACUUCCGGGAGUGGACAGCGGGUGCAGAGGACGCUCCAACGGCGGAGGCUUACCUGCGGGGCGCCACAAUCACCAACGUGAGACACUCUGAGGGGCUCUACUGCUGGACGUUGCAGCUGGCACCCAACUCGGUCAGCAAAACGUCAUCGGGCCCUUGCUGGGUACUGGGAGCACCUACGGAAGACACGCGGCGGCAGUGGCUUGAGGCAAUCAUAGCCGUGCAGCAGGCCAUGGGGAAAGCCACGUGCGUGGACAGUGCGACAGGGGCAGCGGGCAGCGGAGGCGGCCUGGCGCCGCUGCCUGCGCCGGCAGCUCUGCGCAGCCCAGGGCGAUCUUCAUGGCUGCGUGACACCGGCGGCGGGCUGGCAAGCAGCAGCGGCGGGGCCAGCGGCGGGGGCAGCGCCUGUGGUGACAUACAGCAGCAGAUGCGGCCGCCGUCGGCAGCGGCAAGCACAGGCGAAACCUCUCCGUGUGGCCAGGACCUGGCCUCGACCCCGGCGUCUCGGGGCUCCAACCGCUGGGGCCUCUUCAGGGUGCUGUUCGGCGCCGGCGGCGAGGGCCAGGGCGGGGACAUCAGCCCCCACAGGGCAACCAGCGGCGACGCCACCGGCGACGCCACCUGGCGCCUGCCUUACCGCCACCAGCAUCAAGGCGGGGCGCGGCGCUCUCGGCCCCAGCCCCUGGGCCCUGAGACGCAGCAGCUCGAGCUCAUCAUGGCGGGGCUGGGGGCAGGGGGCGCUAGGGCCGCGGCGGCUUCGGCAGGACGUGCUGCGGGCGCUGGGCAGAUUUCGGGGACGGCGGAAGGCGCAAAUGAAGGCGACGGCUCAGGGCUGGCCGAGCACCUGGCGGAGGCGUUUGAGCGCGCGCAGCAAUUCGUGGCAAAAAACACCCGCAGCUUGCCGGACGCGCGGCUGAGAACGCUGCAGAGGUGGCUGGACACACUGCCGGCCUCCCAGCAUGUCGGCAGUGGGGGCGGCGGCUCGGCCCCGGUGUCGCGUGCGGACGUGCUGGCAGCCCAGGCGCUGUAUGUGCUGGAGGUCACUCGGCUCCGGCCGGACUGGGCGGACUGGGGCGUCACGGACAACACCUUUGCCAGCCCAGAGGCCAUGAUCGUUGAGCUGCGCCGCGCCCCCGGCACAGACGCGCUGCUGGGCCUCAAGGAGUCGCUGGACUUUGCCAGUGGCGCGUGGAGCGGCCUCUUCUGCAGGAUGGGAGGCGCGACGGUGCUGGCGCAGGCGCUGGCUCAGCACGUCACCCGCGCGCUCGCCUCAUCGGGCCCCGCCGACCAAGAUGCGCGCGAGGGCCUCAGCGCGGCGCUGCAGUGCUGCCACGCGCUCAUGUCGCGCGGCGGCAUGGACUCACUGCUGGCGGCGCCCUCCUGCAUGCGACACCUGGCCGCCAGCUUGGCGGCUGAUGUGGCCGGCGCAGGCUCGGGGGAUGAGGCGCGGCUCGCGCUGGAGAUGAUGACUAAAGCCCUGGUGUACAGCAGUGAGGCAUACAACAUGACUCUGGAGGCACUACUGGGGCUGCCAUCAAGGCCGCCAGCUGGCGCAUGGCACCAGCACCGCGAGUCCAGGCCCGGCACGGAUGGAGCGAGCAAAGCCACGAGCGAGGCGGGCCUCACACCCGUGCCGCCCUCGCCAGCUGCAUCGGACUGCGUCGACACUGCAGGCAGCCGCCCGGGCAGCAUGCACAACUUCAACGGCGGCAAUGAGGGCUGCGGGACGCCUCUUGCGGCUGUGCGUAUCAAGGGCGCGGAGGGUGCGGGUGACGGCGCUGCUGGGGCCAGCCCCGGCGAUGAGUCGGCCUGGGAGAGGCCGGGGCCGUUCCCGCGCCACGUGGGCGCUCUGGUCCAGCUGCUUGAAGCCGACAGCCCCAGCCAGCUGGACGCGGACCUGGUGACGUAUGCCACGUGCUUCAUCCUCCACGCGGUGCAGCUGGGCUUCCAGGAGGCCCAGUCAACGCCCCGCAUGCGCCACCUCAGCGUCCAGCUGGUGGAGGCGCUGGUGGAUGAGGGGCUGCUGCAGGUGGGGGGUGGGGCGUGA